AUGGAGGGCGACAAUCAAGGACGCAUGUCCACCCUCCGCCUUGGCGGUAGUCACUUGAGCUUCUUCCAGAAACUGUCGGUCAACGGCAAGGACUAUGGCCAACUUGUCGGCCUCCGUGCGCCGAACCAAGAUUAUCCCACGCAGGACGUCAACAAUGCUGAUAUGACCUGCGGCAAGGUCGCCUUGACAUCCAAUGAGGUCAUCUCCGUCGCGCCAGGUGACAAGGUUGGAGCAUGGUGGGGACACGUGCUUGGAGGCGAACAAAUCCCCAAUGAUCCAGACCACCCUAUCGCGAGGUCGCACCACGGCCCGAUCACAGCAUGGCUUGCCAAGGUUGACAACGCCGCUACGGCUCAGAUCGGAACCAAUCUGAAAUUCUUCAAGGUGGCUGAGGACAAUUUCGAUGUAGCUACUAAUACGUGGGGCGUCGACAACAUGAUCAAGAACGGUGGAUGGAGCUACUUCAACAUGCCGACGUGCAUUGCGCCCGGCGACUACAUCCUCCGAGUCGAGCUCAUCGCGCUUCAUGGAGCAUAUUCCCCCAGGGGAGCCCAGUUCUACAUCUCCUGCGCCAAUAUUCGGGUCUCUGGAGACGGUACCUUCUCGCCAACCGAGACAUUCAGCUUCCCGGGAGCUUAUCAGCAGAACGACCCUUCAAUUCUUGCCAACAUCUGGGGCCCCACUCCUAAUGUUGCCGAUAACAGCGGCAAGCCGUACCAGGCACCCGGAAUGCGCCCAAUUACUUGCUAG